AUGGUUAGAUCAUUCACUCUCGCAGCGGCGGCAGCUCUGCUGUCUGCUCCCCUUGUGAGCUCUCACUACAUUCUCAACAUUCUCAUGCACAACGGCAAGCAAGUCGGUGGCGAGUACACCUACGUCCGAAAGAACUCCAACACCUACAUGCCGUCCUUCAUGGAGAUUGUCGACUCCAACGACUUGAGGUGCAACAAGGGCGCCACCAGCGCCGGAACCAAGACCUACAUGGACGUUAAGGCCGGCGACAAGAUCGGCCUCAAGCUGUUUAACAACGAGUUCAUCGAGCACCCUGGUCCCGGAUUCUUCUACAUGUCCAAGGCCCCCGGCAACGUGAGCGACUACGACGGCUCUGGUGACUGGUUCAAGGUUUGGGAAUCUGGCCCGACCGGAAGCCCCACCAGCACUGGCGGCUGGCCCACCUACGGCAAGUACACCAUGGAGUUCACGCUGCCCACGACUCUUGAAGACGGCGAGUAUCUCCUCCGAGGAGAGCACAUCGGUAUCCACGAGAACCACGUUGGAAAGCCACAGUUAUUGCGAGUUCUAACGAACUGUCUAAGGGCUAGUGCUAACAAGCGUACCAACUCAGACAUGGAGUGCGCGCAAAUCCGCAUCACGGGCGGCACCGGCACAGCCAAGCCGUCCCCGCUCGUCAAGAUCCCCGGAAUCUACAGCAAGUCGGACCCCGGCCUAACCUUCAACUUCUGGGGCGGCCAGGGCGCGUACGUCAUGCCCGGCCCGGCUGUGGCGACUCUGUAG